AUGCAACACCAUUCCUUCCCUGAAUCCCCUUACACGUAUGAACCGCUCGAAGAUGCUGCCACGCACAUCAGGAUUGUCGAGGUCGCAGCCCAGCGUACGACCCUUGAAGAGCUUCGCGAAGCACCGCAAUGCGUCCUGAAAGCUGUCGCUAUCAAACAGAAGCCGAAAUACACCGCACUAUCUUACUCAUUGGGCGACGAAGGUGACCAGAAGCCUAUCGUUCUGGAUGGCAAGCGAAAGCUUGUCACGAAAAAUCUCUACGACUUCCUGCAGCAGGCCAUCCUCGAUCUUCACGAUGCCCAUGCCACCUCCAAAAGCUAUUGGAUAGAUGCGCUUCCGACUGAUCAAAGCGACCAAGAGGAGAAGAAGCACCAAGUAGCAAUGAUGGGCGACAUCUAUAUGAUAGCGAGCACCGUCCAAAUAUACCUUGGUCCCGCCGAUGAGGACACCCAUCACGCAUUCGACUUUCUGGGGUAUUUGGCCAAAGGACAAGCCAGUGUUGACCCGCAACGCUCAGGAAUACUACAAAUCAGGGUCGGGCUCAGCGUGGACCGGAGACUGACCUGUAUUCGCAACCAUUAUGACGAGACUCUGGGUCCCCUGAGAGCGUUGCUCAAACGUCGCUGGUGGAGGCGGCUGUGGGUACAGCAGGAAGUUGGCCUGCCCAAACCUCGCCAUAUUUUUUUGAGAUGCGGUAUCCUCCAUUUGAGGUGGGUCAAGGUUGUUCUGGCCAAUGAUGCCAUUCUCUCAACUCUGAAAUAUGCGCGAGAAGUCAACAUCGCUGCUGGCCAGCCAAGGCCUACCCGGCCGCAGAAUGUCAUCGAAGAGCUCGACUGGUGUUGGUCACGCAUGCGACAGACAUGCAUCAACGGUUACGCACCUGCCACGGGCAAGGACAAGGUCGAGAAUCUCACAAUGGCUCACCGACUCUCUAUCAAGGCUUGUAGUCCAGACCACCGACUGGAGGCUUCACUGCCGGUCGACCACGUAUACGCAAUUGUCAGCAUAUCAUCGGACAUGGAGUGGAAAACCGACUUCUCCGCCUCAGAGAACUCCAGGCGGCGCUGGCAGACCCUUCUCAAUACACGAAAGUACCUGCUCGACAAAUCCGACUACUCCAACGCAGACCCCGAGGGCGUGCAACGUCAGCUUCGCUUUAAUGUGGCGAAGUACCUGCUAGACGCCUUUGGAACCUACACUCUCGGUCUCUGCAACGGCGUCGACGCUCAGCCCCCAUCAUCCUUGCCCACAUGGGUCCCGGACGUCUCCGUGGAGACUUUGAGAUUUCCCAUCUCAACAGAGCCGCCAGCCAAAAGUCGAUUCUUAGGCAGCCUCGGCCUGCAGUCUCCUUUCCUGUACGAAUUCCACAACAAUCACCUUCUUCUCCAAGCAAAGAAGGUAGACACCUUACUCGGCUCUCCAAAUUUUCCAUCCAUACCAGCCCACAACAAAGAGAGCGCAGGAGACUAUGCCCUCGCUUGGCUCAGAUCCUACGCCCACUUCCUCGCCGCUACCCUCGAGAUUCAACCUGGUGCUGUCGCGGGCGGUGGCUGGAGGCUGCCGAUCUGCAAUCGUACGCCUACACUCCCGCACGCCCAGCUCAAUCAUGUCGCAGACUGGCAGUGGGCUUUCAACUAG